AUGGACGGGGCGGCUCGGAGGGGGGCCCUGGCUGCUCUGCCGCUGCUACUGCUGCUGGCAGCGGCUUGCUGGCCGGUGCCGGGCGCCGGAGGCUCGCCAACCCCUCCCGGAGCCGCCCCCCAGGACACUUGCACCUCGUGCGGCUUCCGGAGGCCCCCCGAGGAGCCUGGCACGGUGGACGGCGAUUUCUUGCAGGCCGUCAAGAGGCACAUCCUGAGCCGCCUGCAGAUGCGCGACCGGCCCAACAUCACCCACGCCGUGCCCAAGGCGGCCAUGGUCACGGCGCUGCGCAAGCUGCAUGCCGGCAAGGUGCGCGACGACGGCCGCGUCGAGAUCCCCAGCCUGGACGGGCAGGCCAGCGCCGGGCCCCCGGCUCACGAGCAGACCUCCGAGAUCAUCAGCUUCGCCGAGACAGAUGACCUGGCCUCCUCCAGAGUGCGCCUCCAUUUCUUCAUCUCCAAUGAAGGGAAUCAGAACUUGUUUGUCGUUCAGGCCAGCCUGUGGCUUUACUUGAAGCUGCUUCCGUAUGUCUUGGAGAAAGGCAGCCGGCGAAAAGUUCGAGUCAAAGUGUAUUUCCAAGACUUGGACACUACUGACAAGUGGAAUGUGGUUGAAAAGAAAGUGGAUCUCAAAAAAAGUGGUUGGCAUACAUUUCCCAUGACAGAAGCAAUCCAGGCUCUGUUUGAGAAAGGAGAAAGGAGACUGAACUUGGACAUUCAGUGUGAAGGUUGUGAAGAGUUUUCAGUGCUGCCAGUUUAUGUGGAACACGAGGAUGAAUCUCACCGGCCUUUUGUCGUCGUGCAAGCCCGGUUGGCUGACAACAAACAUAGAAUCCGGAAAAGGGGCCUGGAAUGUGAUGGCAGGACCGAUUUAUGUUGCAGGCAACAGUUUUACAUUGACUUCAGACACAUUGGGUGGAAUGACUGGAUCAUAGCACCAUUGGGUUACUAUGGGAAUUACUGUGAAGGGAACUGCCCAAACUAUUUGGCUGGCAUCCCAGGAUCAGCGUCCUCUUUUCACACUGCAGUAGUGAAUCAGUACCGCAUACGAAAGCUGAACCCAAACGCCGUGAACUCCUGCUGCAUCCCAACCAAACUUAGCUCAAUGUCCAUGCUGUACUUUGACGAUGAAUACAACAUCGUGAAGAGGGACGUUCCUAAUAUGAUUGUGGAAGAAUGUGGUUGUGCCUGAGUUGGAGGGUGCUCUGAAAGGGGAGGGAAUGGGGGGGGAGGAGAGUAUGUUCUCACAGUGAAUGAAACUGGGAGGGUGUUUUGCUGUGUUUCUUCCUUCCAGGCAUGGAUGUUCAAGUCACUGCAGCCACAGCCGCAUUAGCAAUGACAAAGAUAUAUUAUCAUUUCAUCUGUUGUCAGGACAGUGACAGUUUGUGGGUCUUGGACCUGAAAAUGCGCUACCACUUAUAAACAAAUGCUAUGAAGUACCUUAGUCCCACCCACACCCCCAAGGACACAGGCACAUCCCUGCACACACACAAAACAGCUUGGCAGAGGAGGGAAGGUGCUCACAGGAAGGUAGUCAUGUCUGCCAGUGAUAAAAAAGUGAAUGAGCCAUUCAUUGUUUCUUCUAUCAACCAGCUGUGUCUGGGAGGGAACCAUUGGGAAGUGCAAGUAAAAAAAUAAUAUAUUGUCAUGUUCAGCUAUUUAAGUGACCAAACAUACAAAUGACCACUGUCACCUCUAAGGUCUAAAAAGGAAGUUUCAGGCUGCCUCCUUAAACAAGGCAAGCCCUUCUUACUGAGGUUAAAGAAUAUUUUUUUUACAGAAUCACAAAUGGCCUAUAGCACUUCCAAUGUAGAAUACUGAUAAAACCACAGAGAGAGGAGAAGAAAGAAGUAUAUAUAUCUAAACAGGUACAUGAUAACAGUGGCAUUGUUCCUCUGAAUGAUGAAUCCAUGUGAUUUCAUGUUUCAGCACACCACUAGAUUCUCCCACCCCACCCACAUUGACUUGCUUUCCUUGCUGUGUGAUCCAAAAAAGGGGUCGAUCCAUCCUUCUCCCCGCACCUUUUUUUGUUCGCCAUUCCUAUUUCCCAUCUUCAUGUUUCUCAGAACAAUGGCAACACUGAAAGUUGCAAUUUGUGUUCCGCUGCAGGGGAUUUAGCAAGAGCAUGUUUGGGACAAUCAGGGAGGAGGACAGGGAAAAACCUGUGAUAUGACACAUCAACCCAUGAACCCUUAAGAGGAAUUACAGUCACAUGAUGGAUACAUUUCUGGGGAGAGAAAAUGCAGCACAUUUUGUAACAGGCAAGGAACGUUUUAACAAAUCCUGGGGAAGAGAAAGAGAGAAAGCGUGAGAGUCAGACCAAGGAGUUUAUAUUCCAGUUUCCUUCCUGGAUGGUACUGGGGAUGGUUGCAGAGCUCCAAACCCACUGCUACAGCAUAGCACUCGCAAACUGCUUGAAUGCACGUUAUAUAGCACUUGCCGAUUCCAAUGCCUUGAACGGUUGGCACUUGACUGUGCACUUCUCUUUGCUCACUAUCUCUAGGUUCUAAACAAGUGCCGCAUGAGCUAUGCAAUUUAAAGUGUUGACCCAUACUAGAUGAAAACUGGACUGAAAAUGAGAUGAUUUUUUAUAUUUUUUUUAUACUUGAAAUUAAAUCUUUUGCUUCUUUUUUUAAAAGCGAAUGAUUGCUUUUCAUGUUUGCACUGAUGUAGUUGCAUGACUUAGUCAAAAGAAACUGCCAUUUGAAAAAAAAGGUUAUUUUUAUAGCAACAAGAAAAAAAAUGAAUACAGUGAAAUGUAUUAUACAUAACAUUUUGGAACCAAAGAGGCCAACAUAUUAAUUGUAAUUUUUUUCAGGUGGCAAGGCCAUCAUAUAUCUAUAUAUCAUGUAAUGAUAACAAUCUCUUGUGAGGCCUACCAAUUUGUGUUUUCAGGGUACAAAUGGAUUCCAUUGUGUUUGGGUCAGUGUCUUUUCUAUACCAUCAUACAUACCAGGCAUUGCAAGAUGUGCGUAGUUUUUUUUUUUAAAAAAGAAAACCCAAUUGUUGUUUAUUUAAUAAAGUCCCUUGUAGAAUCUGUUCCAUAAUAAUUUAAAUACCAAACAAAUUUCACUUAGGUUUGCUGUCAGAGUAUUUUACAUUUGUGUACAGUUUAAGUAAAUAAAACAAAGCAGGAAAAAA